UGAUAAAUUACUUUUUUUUUAUCAUGACAAUAAUAGCAGCCAACAACACUCUUAAUCAAUCAAAAGAAAUGCAAUUCAUGGAUAUAGAAAGCGUUCAUUUGUCUUAUGAUGAUCAUGAAGAAGAAAAUAUUAGCAGCAGCAGUAACAGUAGUAUAUACAGUGAUACAUGUGCUUGUAAACAAAAUAAAAUAUUGACUGGUGCCGCUGACUGUGCUUCUUGUCACCAGCCUAUACCUUCUCUCAUUCACUUACACCAUGAUCUCGAGAUUCAACGUACCAAAGCACUCAACUUGCGAUCUCAACUAGAAGAGAAACAAGCUCAAGCCGAAAAGCAUGCUCAAGAGAGACAACACCUGCAAGCAACAUUAGACGAUGAUAAAAAAAAGCUCGAUAAAACAAUGACAAACAUUGAAUCGCUUACCCAAGAUAUCGAUAUUGUCAAGUCCAAGCAUAAAGGAGAGAUAGAGCACACCAUUGCCAUUGAGCAAUCAAAAAAAUGCGUGGAAAUUGAGUUGCACGAGUUAACACAAAAGUUGUUUGAAGAAGCGAACCAUCUUGUCUUGGCCGAAAAGCAGCGUAAAAUGGAGAUUCAGGCAGAGCAUGAUUAUGUUAGGUCUCAACUGGAACAAUCGGAGAGUGAACUCAUGACAGUCCAAGCCGAGUUAAACGUGUUACGGGAGCAAAUGAAGAGCACAAAUGAGACUCCCAUAAGCACGCAUGAAAACUACAUUUUAAGGGCUCAAUUAGAUAUGGCAUACUUGCUACAACAACAACAAGAACAACCUGUAGAAAUAAGCGAGCUGUACCAUGACCCGCUCUUGUUGAACGAAUUUGAGCAAUUCAUAGUCACAAUGAAGACAACACCGCUCUCUAAGCUCGCCAGCCUGCCAUUUAUGAAGCAGUGCCUCAAAUCAGAUAUCGAGCCCUGUUUAAGGUUUGGCCCUUCACCGAAAAUCACAACUAAGAAAAUAUCAGACGCAAUCCUUGUCAAGAGUUGCUUUUUAGAAUCAUGUCCACCAGGAUUUGUGGAAAAGAAACUCAACCAGCCAACAGAAAAGGUGCGGACAAGUCUAUGGGACCGAUUUUCUUCAUCUAGCAAUACAACAAAUAUGUUGCAGGCGACAUGUUUGUAUUGUCAAGCAUGUGGUAGAGUGAUUUACGACAAGCAAAACAGUCAAGAAGAAGGAGAAGUCACGAUUUGGCGAUUCCGUAUUUCCUAUUUUGAUGAAUGGGCUCUGAUUGAUAGAUACUGUCAUGACCGUAUUGUUUCUGUCAUGGAAUUUUAUACGUUCCUGAGACGAUUGAAAGUAGGUGUUUAUAAAGAAUUUGAUAUGCCAUUUCUCUAUAAAGAAUUCUAUAAACUUCAAUUGCAAAUGAUGCUUAGCAGGAUGGGAGCAUUACCAACAAUAUUAGGCGAGUUUGGACUUGACCCAAACAGAAUUGGAAUGGCUUUUACGGAACUAAUAACAAAGUAGAUUUGAAUCUCAAUUUCAUGAUACGACAUUUAAGAAUUUUCUUCAUUUUUUAAGAAGAUAAAAAGAAAAGCAAAGGAGUUCCAACUUCUUUUACUAGUGACCAUAUAUUUGUACAUAGCAUACAUUAAAGCAUAUUUUAUUUAUUUCUCACGCUUUUUGACAUUUGUACCAUAGUGUGAUACGAAAUCCCAACCA